AUGACCUCAUUUCCAGCUGCGACGGCGAGCCCGGAAUUCUCGCGAAGGUCUGGCGCCUUCCGGGGCUACCGCCCUCGGCCCCGCCUCCCGCCGGCGGCCCUGCCCCCCACCCCGGGCCGUACCACCCGCUUGGCGAGCGCGGGCGCAGUGGCGCCACCCACGCCCGGGACUGGGUGUCGCAUCCGUUGCUUCUGGGAAGUCCGUAGAAGUAACUUGCCGUUCUUAGCCGGUGUCCCCAGGCAGUAUGACAGUCAAGAGAAUCUUGGAGUGGUGGGGCCCGUGGACGCCACCCAAGUCAACAACCAGGCAACAUCCUACACCAACCACCACGGCCCUCGGGACCUCUGCCUCAGUUCCUCCACCGUGCUGGCUGCCCUGCCCCCCUCUCCGGCCUUGGUCUGGAGCGGUUGGAGCAGGACGUCCGAGCAGACGACUGAAGAGCCUGGGCCGGGACCAUCCUGGUGCCACACCCGGGGGCGUGGAGCCCACUCGCUGCCUCACCCGCCUUCUAGAACUCCCAAGUCUCUCCACAGGGGAUCUGGUGCUGGAACGCAAGGCGUGGACUCUGGGUCCAGGUGCGCUGGAUUCAAAUGUCGGAUCUGCUACUGCCUGCUCAUGCGACCUGGGCAGGCCCCUGCUCUGUGCCGUCGCCGCGGCAAGACGGUGCUCCUGGUAGGCUUAGGAACCUUACAGCAGCGGCUGUUUCGGGAAAUGACCCAGGACAGAACCUGGCACGUGGUAACUGCACAAAAUAAAUAACUCUUCAGUUUCCCUUUGA